AUGGGGGAGCUUUCAGUUGAGAACGAAUGCGAGACGGGCAAGCACGACUGUGACCAAUCGGCCAUUUGCCACGAUAACGAGCAGUCCUUCUCAUGCGAAUGUCCCGCAGGCUUCGUGGACAGGUCGCCUAACAAAAUGCAUCGCCCCGGACGAGUCUGCGUGAAGCUGGUGGAUGAGUGCUCAACUGGACGCCACACGUGCAGUGCUCAAGCGGAUUGUCGUGACCUCGAAGAAGGUUAUACCUGCGAGUGCCGCGAGGGAUACGUGGACCGUUCACCUAACCUUGCUGGUCAACCCGGACGAGUUUGCAGUGCGCCAGAGGUGUGCCCGUCGAAUCACGACUGCAGUUCAGCUGCAGUUUGUGAGCCUCUGGGAGGUAACAAAUACCAGUGCUCCUGCAUCCAGGGAUACGUCGAUCAAUCUCCCCAAUGGGCAAAGAGGGCGAAUCUGUGUGAGAAUAAGCUGCCGGUUCCCAAGCUGAACCUGUCCGGAUGCACUCUGCUCGAUGAAGCCGGGGCUAUCGUGGAAUGUGCUCGAGGCCAUCCCUGCCAAGAUCCGACUCUCAACGAUUGCCAUGUAGCUGGUUCUUGUAGAGCUACUGGAGCGCAGUCGUACACUUGCGAAUGCCUCCAGGGAUACGUCGACAAGUCGCCUGAUCCCAAGAAACCAGGACGUCUCUGCAUUCUUACGGAGCCCGUUUGUCUCGAUAAAAGGUCCGGAGUCAGGUUGCCAGUGGGUGAUGGACUAUAUCGACCAAUCGCCGGAACCGCAAACACCCGACGCGGUCGAAGUUCUGCGUCGAAUGGUACCAGACAGAUCAACGAGUGCCGAAAUCCAUCUCUCAACACCUGCUCGCGAUUUGCGGAGUGUAUUGACAAAGAGAACGGUUAUGAGUGUCGAUGCCGCCAGGGCUACUUUGACAACGAUCCGGCUCACCCAGGAACCCAGUGCAGUUACAGUAAGUCCUACCGUAGUUAUAAGGUCCUUGUAGAGAUCUCCAGCUGCUUCAUUACAGUUAUCAAUGAAUGUGAUUCGCCGAACCUCAACGAUUGUGACCGCAAUGCAAUGUGUAUUGAUAGAGAAGGAGGGUAUGAUUGCAAGUGCAAGCCACCGUAUCGAGAUGAAAGUCCUGCCGGACAUCCUGGCCGCGUCUGUCGUCUGAACGAAUGUCUCGACAGUAAUCUGAACAACUGCGAUCGUAACGCUGAAUGCCAGGACAUGGAUGAUGGCUACAUUUGUAGCUGCCGUGAAGGAUACUACGAUCAAUCGCCGAAUCCUCAAGAACCCGGUCGUGUCUGUCUCGAAUUCCAG